AUGGUAAGUGUGCUUACGGCUUGUUCUUAUUUGGGGGCUUUGGAGCAAGGUGAAUGGAUGCAAGCUCACAUAGAGAAAAAUGGGAUUGAUGUGGAUUCUGUUCUGGGUACCGCUUUGGUUGAGAUGUUUGCGAAGUGUGGAAGCAUUGAGAGGGCUCUUUCAGUGUUCAAAAGUAUAGAGGAGAGAGAUGUGGGGGCAUGGAACUCAAUAAUUCAUAAACUAGCUGCUCAUGGUCAUGGCCAAGAGGCUUUCACAAUUUUUUCAGACAUGUUGAGGUCAAAUACUCUACCGGAUGGCAUAACUUUUCUCGGCUUAUUAAGUGUAUGCCGCCAUUUGGGGCUCGUUGAUGAAGGAAAAAGAUUUUUUCAACUCAUGAGUGAAGAAUAUGGCCUAGUGCCAAAGGUUGAGCAUUAUGGUUGUAUGGUGGAUCUUCUCUGUCAUGCAGAUCUUUUAGAGGAAGCGAGGGACUUGAUAGACUCUUCACAUGCGUCACAGAUGAAAUCCAGUGUUCCCAUGUGGGGUGCUCUUCUUGGAGCUUCAUGUCAGCUAAAAAAUAUAGUGAUGGGUGAAUAUGCUGCCAAACAUCUUUUGCAAUUAGACCCUUUUAAUGGCAGCUGUUACACAGUUUUAUCCAACUUGUACUCAGCUGCAGGCUUGUAUGAGAAAGCCAUUGAAGUAAGGAAUGAGAUGAAGAAACAAGGACUAGAGAAGAUCCCAGGCAGUAGUUCAAUGGAAAUAGAUGGUCUAGUUCUUGAUUUUUAG